GACAAAAUCCACCAUUUGGCUCUGGAAAUUCUUAAAAAACGAAUCAAUUUCGAUGAUGAUGAAAAUGUGAAAAUCUACUUGGAAGCCAAUCACGGAAAAUCGAUAAAAAGUCAUCCGAAUAGAUUGAAAAACGGAAAUUCAGAAAUUUUUUGA